AGUCAAUGCUAUAGAGAGAAGGGCUGUCUGCUCUGUGACUGUGGUAGAGGAGCGGCCGUGGUAGACAGUGCCCGGGCAACGGAGGCGGGUGAGAGGCGGACACCCUGCGGUUGCCAUGUCCCAUUGGUGCUCGGAGCGCCUGUCUCACUAGCUGGGAUGGGAUGGGCGCGCUAAUCAAGGAAAUAUUGUCUACAUUCUCCUUUGUUAAUGGAGUGGAGUUACUCCUAUUCAAGAGCUGAAUGAAAUUAACCUUGAGAAUCUGAACAAUUUGUUAAGGUUCCUUAAACCACUGAGACCUAGCUCAUUAUGCAAUUUAUUCCUAAAUCAGGAGUCUGGAUUCAGAGUUUUAAAAUUUCCUCCACUUUGAAGGCUGAGAUCUGGAUGUGAGGCUGUGGAGAGAUGGCUGUCUUUGACACACCGUACCAGAGGCUGGAGGCCUCUUAUACCGACUCGCCGCUCGGGGAGGAUGAUCUGCUGGUGCAUGUUCCUGAGGGAAGUAAAUCCCCAUGGAAUCACAUAGAGAACCUCGAUCUCUUCUUUUCUCGAGUGUACAACUUACACCAGAAGAACGGAUUCACCUGCAUGCUGAUUGGAGAGACAUUUGAGUUGCUACAAUUCAUCUUCGUUGUUAGUUUCACCACCUUCCUGGUGAGCUGUGUGGAUUAUGAUAUCCUAUUUGCAAACAAGAUGGUGAACCACAGUCAGAGUGAGAACAACAAAGUGACACUGCCAGAUGCCUUCCUGCCCCCCGGAGUCUGCAGAGACCGCAUACAGGAGAACUGGUUUCUUACCUCUCUUCUUGUCAUCGCUGGCGUCUUCUGGAUUCACAGACUCAUAAAGUUUAUAUAUAAUGUCUGCUGUUAUUGGGAGAUCUACAACUUUUACAUUCAAGCUCUACGCAUCCCCAUGGCAGAUCUCCCCUAUUACACUUGGGAGGAGGUCCAGAGCAGAAUUGUCCAAAUCCAGAAGGAGCACCAGAUCUGUAUCCAUAAGAAGGAAUUGUCGGAAUUAGAUGUGUCUCAUAGAAUCCUGCGCUUCAAGAACUACAUGGUGGCCAUGAUCAAUAAGAACCUGCUUCCACUUCAACACAGGCUCCCCCUGCUGGGCAAUACAGUCUUCUAUACCCGUGGCCUCAAGUACAACUUCCAGCUGAUAUUCUUCUGGGGCCCUGGAUGUCUUUUCCAGAAUGAGUGGAGUUUAAAACCGGAGUACAAGCGAGCUGGUGUGCGCCUAGAGCUGGCUGACAAGCUGUCUCAACGCAUCCUCUGGAUAGGACUUGCCAACCUGGUGCUUUGUCCUCUUGUACUUGUCUGGCAGAUCCUGUAUGCCUUUUUCAGCUACACAGAGGUGCUGCGUCGGGAGCCUGGUAGUCUUGGAGCCCGAUGCUGGUCCCUAUAUGGCCGCUGCUAUCUUCGUCAUUUUAACGAGCUGGAUCAUCAGCUACAGGCAAGACUGAGCCGAGCAUACAAGCCAGCCAGCAAAUACAUGAACUGCUUCCUCUCCCCACUCUUGGCUGUGGCUGCCAAACACUUGGGAUUCCUGGCUGGCUCUAUAUUGGCGGUGCUGAUAGCACUCACUGUGUAUGAUGAAGAUGUUCUUGCAGUGGAACACGUGCUGAGUGCAGUCACACUCUUGGGGGUUGUAGUGACUGUUUGCAGAUCAUUUAUCCCGGAUCAGCACCUGGUGUUCUGUCCAGAGCAGCUACUAAGGGUGAUUCUGGCUCAUAUUCACUACAUGCCCGACCACUGGCAGCGCAGUGCUCACCGGGCAGAGACCCGCGGGGAGUUUUCUCAACUUUUUCAGUACAAAGCUGUAUUUAUUCUGGAGGAACUGCUCAGUCCGCUGCUGACACCUCUCGUGUUAAUUUUCCGACUCCGUCCAAAGUCAUUGGAGAUCAUAGACUUUUUUAGAAACUUCACAGUUGAGGUGGUGGGUGUUGGAGACACCUGUUCAUUUGCACAAAUGGAUGUCCGACAGCACGGCAAUCCUGCGUGGAUGUCAGCCGGCAAGACGGAGGCUUCUGUGUACCAGCAGGCAGAGGAUGGCAAGACUGAGCUUUCACUUAUGCAUUUCGCUAUAACUAACCCCCGGUGGCAGCCCCCUAGAGAGUGCUCGGCUUUCCUGAGUCAUCUGCGGGAGCGAGUCCAGAGAGACAGUGGUGGAACAACCCCCAAAAACCCAAUUAGGCUGGCAAAUCCGUUGCAUUUCUCCGGGUUAUCCCUGCAGUCUGAUUGUGAGCCCCACAGUCUGGCGGUGAACAUGUUCUCUGCGAUGUCUCCAGGUGGGAUCCCAGCACAUGCUGAUGUUCUCUGCUCUCCACAUGUCUCUGCCGUGUCUGAAGUAGCUUCUGCUCUCCGCUCUCUUUCACCGCAACAGGCCUGUCACAUGGCACCAAAUCAGAGCGGUAUUGAAUUCCGGAAUAGCAGCUUUGGGAGUAGUUUGUGGGACGGUCCCAUGACCAGCGGCCCUCUGUCUGAAUACGCCUCGAUGGAGAUGAGCCUACAUGCUGUGUACAUACAUGAAUUACAUCAGCAGCACAACCGAAUGGCACCUGGCCGGCACAUAUGGCACAGGCAGGAGAGUGAUGAGAGCGGAGAGAGUGUCCAGGGAGACGGGCUGAACAACACUACAUCCAACAUACCUUCCUCUGCCAGCUGCCCCUCCCCAGCUGCACUGCUCCGGGAAGAUAAGAUGCCUCCAAUCAGUGCUCAUAGGUUCAGUGCCAGUACAGAUUUUGGAUCUGUGCAGAGAGCACCUUCUAAUUUAGCAAGGCAACCUAUGGGUGGGUGGAGUGAAGAUACACAGAUCACCAGGCACCCAGAAACCGUGCCAGAGGAGGGCUCUGAAGAUGAACUUCCACCCCAGACACAGAAGGUGUGAAGUUUAUCCUCCCUCUGAAGAAAUGGUCUUUAUAUAGACCUCUCCCCACCUCAUGAUUUCUUGUUGACCAGGAAAUGCUCGGAGAGGAGAUAUGUUCAUGAACUAUUUAUGUGCAUCUGGCUAAAUGUUCGCUUCAAUACAUGUAAAUAUUUAUAUAUACAUAUAAAUUGGGUUGGUGUGCGUGGGCAGAAGACUGACCUGGAUUUGCACUGGAUUAUGACAUUUUUUUGUGAUGCCAUGAACAUGAAUAGAAUACACAAUACACCGCGUGAUUGAAUGGAGAUACACAUUGUACAGAUGCCUCGGUAUCACUGUAUAGACAAGUUAUAAGACAGCAGCUGGUACCUAAAGUUUCUAUACUGAGCAUGUAGGGACUAGAGCAAAGCACUGCGUGGGAUUUUCUUUUCCAACUUCUGAACAUAAUAAGAAUGAAGUGAAUACGAAGGCUUGUGGAAAUAAUACAUAAGCCUGCUCCUCGCUACUUACAUGGGGUCAUUGUCACUGCUAUAGCUGUUGUGUACCACUAACUUGUCUGAAACGGCACAUCAUUCUGCAAUGUUUUGUAUAGAAAUGUAUAUUGCAUAUUUUGUACCAUUGUAUAAUUCUAAUUAAAGAUUAUCUGUAAUGUCAGACAAAA